AUGUCCGUCGUAGGUGCAGAGUCUGAUGACGAACCAGAGUUUGUGGGAGAACCAUAUGAGCCUUCCAUCGCAGACACUGAGGAUCUCAGAGCUGCAGUCGACGGCGACAAAGGCUACACCUCCAAGGCUUCAGCUGACUGCCAAUCCUGGGCACAGGCCUUGGAGUGGAUGCAAAACACUUGUCGGACGGCCCAGACGUUCAAAGAUGACAAUGUCAAACUGCUGCAGAAUUGUUUACUCCAAUGUAGUCAACUCACUCGAAGUAUUAAUCUUGCCUUGACCAAGAACGAGGCUGAACAAGAUUGGGCCUCGGUCACUCAAAAACCAAACGUUGGCACCACUCAACAGGAUGCCGACGAAGAAGACCAACCCAAACGGAAACGACUCCGAGGAAAACAGCCGGUGCAGGACAAUUGGCACACACUUAAGCAAGGCACCUCCAAGGAACACGUGGCCUACAAGGUUGCAACGAGGGAACCUGUGCCGGUUCCCCAUGGUAAAGGAUGGAAACGAGAUUUGACGCAGGAUCAGCGUCAGUCUGUGGCUGACGACAUUUGGGUUCAGCUGAAUCGAUUUUUGGAACAGUUCUUGCAAAAACAAGCAAAAGUCGCAGUUAACCAAGGUUUGGAUAUGAAAUUUCAUGGCAAGCCUCAGAGAAAAAAAGGGGCCCCGGUUAAGAUUCGCGCGGUCAUCUUCAUGGACGACCGAAGCUGGGCCUGCUCGCAGUGGGCGUCAUUUCGCCAUAUUCUUGACAUGUGGACAGAGCAUGCCGGUCGACUUGGCUUGCGGGACAAUGAGUCCAAAAGACAAUUUACAGCAAAAUCAGCCGCCAAAAGGGAUCGCCUUCGCAGAGCUUUUGGAACUCAGAUGGUGCUGCACUUGAAUGCGCUUGGAGCCUACUUAGGCCUUGGGAACAUCCAGGAAAUGGAAUCUGAACGAAUCCAAAAGGCCCAGGUGUGCGCUGAUAAGAUCAGGGCGGCUCCAGUGUCAUCAGCUCUUCGCACCUUCGUGGCAUCGGCGGCUGCAAGUUCAAAGGCGGCUUUUGGAUGGAUAUCCAGGGCGCCAGCUAAAACUGUGGUUGAGAAGCUGGAAGCACGCGUUCGAAAAGCCUGCUAUGCACAAAAAAUGGCUUCACCUAUUCUCACUAAAUUGGUGUUGGGUCAUCAGCAAGACAUCAGGUUUGUUGCUGGCCAAGCGGCCAUCUCUGCGGUGUUGCGCCUGGUCAUGUCAACCAAGGAGGAGCUGAAGGAUUGGGAGCACACGGCUGGCCCAGCGGAGAGAUGCAAUGCGUUUCUGGCUGGCCUUGGAUGGGCAACUCGAAGCCCUUGGCUGUGGUUUCAUGAAAAGCUCGGGAUCUUCCUUUGUCUGCACCCAAGACAUGCUAGAUUUGUCCCAAGUGUGGAGCUUGUCAGACACAAUCUGCGUGAGAGUUGGAGAUGCACUCUGUGGCACCGAUUCCUGGAUUCGAAGCGUCACGAAGCUCCAGCGCUACGUCACAUGGACUACGAUCCUUGGUUGACGCAAAGCGCCAGAAACCUGGCUGCCAAGCAUAAAAGCGCGUAUGCCGUCGGACCUCCGGCAGCCAUGACUCCCGAUGUGGCCGGAGACUCCGACGCUGAACCUGAAACUCUAGAAGGACCUGUUGAUGAUCGACUGGUUCUCCCUGAGCCACCUGCUCCAGACCGGGCUGAAGCUGCUUUGAGAGAGGAGGCCAGGUAUAAAGCCAUCCGGGAAGGCUUAUAUGAAAGCCUCAGUCUUGAGCCGCCUCCGGACAUCAAGAAGAUGGAUGCUGAGACGGUUGAGGACCUUGUUUCUUCAAAGAAGACCGCCCUUAAGGCACCCUAUGACGGAGAAGACGAACUCGAGGAGUCACGUGACACCCGCGAUAUCUUCGCAGAUGUGGUGUCUACUUUUGCGGACAACGCCAGUGCCGCCAAUGACAGUAAU